AUGCAUGUCUCCCGAGGUUAGAGUUGUAUAACUCAAGAGAAAUUCAAGGGCAGUCCUCCAGAUGAAAGAUCAAAGAUGAAGACUGCAAACUGCGACUGCGACUGCGACGUUGAAGUACACAACAGUCAGCCAAUCACAGCGCUCCUAUUUGCUUUCUUCCCUUCCUCGGCAAUGCAAUCGGGUGCUCCAUUUGGCGCUAAAGCGACGACUCCGGUGGUAAUUCAGGCAAGUUUACUGUGAGGUAUUCAAUCCAUUUAAUUGCCUGCUGCUCCUUCGCGGCAUCAUCCAUCGCGACAAGCCUCAGCCCAAGCUAAGCUAAGCCUUCGAUUGAGACAUCAGCAGCACAACCGCCGGUCGAAGCAAUUGGUAGCAACAUCAUGGCCUCCAUCAUCCGACCCGUCAUGCUGAGGCAGACUCGGACUGCCUUCGCCGCUGCCACCCGAAAGGCAACACCGGCAGUGCGCAGUGCUGUCCUGAAGGAUAUUGCCCGCGUGUCUGCUUUCCACACCACCACCAGGAAAAACUUGCUACCUCCUGGCCCACAGGUUAUCAAGGGAACAGUCAACGACCCUGCCCCCGUCCCCUCCCCGUCGCCCUCCCACGGCUCCUACCACUGGACCUUCGACCGUCUGCUUGCCGCCAGUCUCGUCCCCAUUACCGUCGCGCCAUUUGCUGCCGGCUCGCUGAACCCAGUCCUCGACGCCACCCUUGUCGGCAUGAUCGUCAUCCACUCCCACACCGGCUUCCAAAACAUCCUCAUUGACUACAUCCCCAACAGCCGGUACCCCAGAAUGCGCAAGCUGUUCAUGUGGGGACUUAACGCCGCCACCGUACUUGUAGCAAUUGGUUUGUACGAGUUCGAGACGAACGAUGUUGGUGUCACUGAAGCGAUCAAGAGAGUCUGGAAGGCUUAAGUGGGGGGCUAUGGGAUAUGGAGACGAAUGGAUAUCGGUCAGGCCAUGACGGCAGGCUGGCUCGGAGAAGAAAGUGUACUUGAAUACCGGCCUUUGCAAACCAUGGAUCUGGAACAUUAGACGGCAAAUUGCUGUGUACUACAUAUGAUGAGUAAAUAUAUUUGCUUUUGUUCACUCGUUGUUAUGUGGUUCGUCAAUAAACUCUCUUGAGUCUGCAAUCGAUUCUACAAGGUUUCCAUUUGCUCGUUAUGCGGUACCCAAGUUCAGUGGCGAGAGGCUUGGAAUCAACUCUCAACCUGUGUCCGGGAAAUACCAAUAUAGCGAAGUUCCAGGACACUGUAACUCUUGUUCCACAUGCGCUUCCACGCUCUUUGCCCCCAGGAUCUAUAGCAAUCCGGGGACAAAAACUGCCAGUCAAGAAUAAAAAUAAGACAAAUGAAUAGAUGGCCUCGCGAAGGAC